AUGGGAGAUAGCGAUGAUAAUAUUGAUGAAGGUAUUUCUCAAACUAAUCAAAAUGAACUCGUAAUGGUUACAAAGAAAGACGUGAACAAGCAAAAUCAAACAAACCUCAUUAUUGCUCGAAUAAAUGGAACUACUCCAUUAAUUCGUACUACAAACACUCCAAAUAUAAACACUUUUGAUGGACAAUGGCCAUCAGUUCUCAAUCAUUUUAAAAAGAAAAAGGACCAGACUCAACAUGAUUUGGAAUGGGAAGAAUUGUUUUUAAGAAUUAAUCAUUCUUUAAUGAUACAUAUGAAUACUGUAAAAAUAUCAGAAGAAAAGGAAAGAAAGAAGAAGAUUAAUGAAUUAAUCAAAAAUGCAAUUCCUACAUAUUACGAAACUAAAAAAUGUAAUGGAAAUGAGUUUUCACGAUGGAAGAAAUUUCAUCAAUUAAUUGUUUUAUUAUUCGAAAAAUCAGCAUUAAAAAAGAUUCCAGUUGAUUUUGCAAUCCAACAAUUAAACGGUUUGGGAUUAACAGUUAAUUAUCUGUAUUUUGUUAGCGAAGAUGCGUUUAAGAAAUUUUUAGAACAUUUUAUGAAUUAUUGUGUUCAACGUUAUGAGAGUUAUCAAAACAAUACGUUAAUUGUAACUUAA